AGUCUUGCUGAGCAGAGCGAUGCGUUACAGCACGUUAAAACGAAGCGUUACAGCACGUUAAAACGAAGCGUUACAGCACGUUAAAACGAAGCGUUACAGCACGUUAAAACGAAGCGUUACAGCACGUUAAAACGAAGCGUGUGCACCGUCCCAAGCACGACAUCUGAACAACACACAAGCACAAUAAACAAGACGCAUACAUGCUCGUUUCUGUUAGGGUUAGGGAUGGGAGCUCGGUGUUAUUUCAAGGGUCCUGGGUAAAAUAGAUAUAGAUUUGUAAAUUAAACACUAUAUCUUACAGUGAAAAGCACACCGUGUUCUUUCACCUAGAAUUACAUUGCAUUUUGCCAUUGGCGAGAAGGUGGUGUCACAUUUGAAUCCGGCCCGAGUUCCCCCGUGUUUCUUCUCGUCGGAACAAUUUAGCGGUAACCCGACACACCGCGCACAGGGAGAGGAAGUUCCGGUGGGGAUCUUGCAGCGCUUCGAGGGGGAGUCGAUUAGAGGGACACGGAUCAAUCGACUCGGAUCGGUAUAGCGGGGGUCCAAUUGGGACCGGGAAUCGGAACCGAAGUCGUGUCGCGAAGGAGCGAGAGAGCGAGGGAUAGACUCACACAGCGCGGAGGAGGAGCGGCGGUGGCGGUGGGAGUGGGAGUGGGAGUGGGAGUGGGCGCAUUGUGUACACUCCACGCAUCCAUCCAGCACACCGGACCCAGAGCGGCAGUGGCAGUGGGAGGGGGCGCAUUGUGUGCACUCCACGCAUCCACCCAGCACUCCGGACUGCAAGAGGCCCGCCGGAGAGACACGCACAGACCCAGAGCGGCGGGCUGCCUACAAUCCACUCCCAGGAAUGGCUGCAGCUGCGGCGCCGGGAGAGGGGCCCGAUCUAAUCGAUAUCUACGCCGAGGAAGAGUUCAACCAAGGCGGCGCGGAGCAUCGGGACUCUGUCCCUCACGGAGCUGCGUCGAGCGCGGCGGCGGACCGGGACUCUGUCCCUCACGGAGCUGCGUCGAGCGCGGCGGCGGACCGGGACUCUGUCCCUCACGGAGCUGCGUCGAGCGCGGCGGCGGACCGGGACUCUGUCCCUCACGGAGCUGCGUCGAGCGCGGCGGCGGACCGGGACUCUGUCCCUCACGGAGCUGCGUCGAGCGCGGCGGCGGACCGGGACUCUGUCCCUCACGGAGCUGCGUCGAGCGCGGCGGCGGACCGGGACUCUGUCCCUCACGGAGCUGCGUCGAGCGCGUCGGCGGACCGGGACUCUGUCCCUCACGGAGCUGCGUCGAGCGCGUCGGCGGACCGGGACUCUGUCCCUCACGGAGCUGCGUCGAGCGCGGCGGCGGACCGGGACUCUGUCCCUCACGGAGCUGCGUCGAGCGCGUCGGCGGACCGGGACUCUGUCCCUCACGGAGCUGCGUCGAGCGCGGCGGCGGACCGGGACUCUGUCCCUCACGGAGCUGCGUCGAGCGCGGCGGCGGACCGGGACUCUGUCCCUCACGGAGCUGCGUCGAGCGCGUCGGCGGACCGGGACUCUGUCCCUCACGGAGCUGCGUCGAGCGCGGCGGCGGACCGGGACUCUGUCCCUCACGGAGCUGCGUCGAGCGCGUCGGCGGACCGGGACUCUGUCCCUCACGGAGCUGCGUCGAGCGCGUCGGCGGACCGGGACUCUGUCCCUCACGGAGCUGCGUCGAGCGCGGCGGCGGACCGGGACUCUGUCCCUCACGGAGCUGCGUCGAGCGCGGCGGCGGACCGGGACUCUGUCCCUCACGGAGCUGCGUCGAGCGCGGCGGCGGACCGGGACUCUGUCCCUCACGGAGCUGCGUCGAGCGCGGCGGCGGACCGGGACUCUGUCCCUCACGGAGCUGCGUCGAGCGCGGCGGCGGACCGGGACUCUGUCCCUCACGGAGCUGCGUCGAGCGCGGCGGCGGACCGGGACUCUGUCCCUCACGGAGCUGCGUCGAGCGCGGCGGCGGACCGGGACUCUGUCCCUCACGGAGCUGCGUCGAGCGUCACUUUCUCACUAUAUAUAUUAGGAUAUAUCUAUAUAUAUGAGGCGGGGUUUGCGGGGGGGGCGGAGCAUGUGGAUCUCUAUGACGACGUGUUGACGGGCCCGGUGGGGGGUCGCGAGGGGGGGCCCCCCUCUUCGGAGAAGGAUGAGCCCCCCAGGUCUGAGAGCAAGCCAGCCAUCCUGUACACCUACAGCGGGCAGCGGCACAAGAGACUGGCGGUGUACGUAGGAAACUUCUCCUGGUGGACGACGGAUGUGGAUUUGAUUAACGCUGCCAAGUCCAUCGGAGUGAAGGACAUCCAGGAUAUCAAGUUUGCAGAGAACCGAGCCAACGGGCAGUCAAAGGGCUAUGCGGAGGUGGUGGUGGGCUCGGAGCCCUCUCUCCACACUCUGCUGGAGGUUCUGCCGCAGCGCAAGGUGAACGGAGACCGGGUCGAAGUGCGAUUCGCCACGCGCCAGAACUUCAGCGUGUUCGAGACACAGGCCAAGAAACGAGAGGGAGGUAGAGAUGGAGUGGAGGGGGAGGCAGGAAUGGAGUCAACCGCACAGGGGUCUCCUUGGGAGCUUCCUGAGCGACUAAAGCCCCUAUCCUCGCAGAACGAUGGCGGCCUGUCUGGGGUGGGGCAGGCCCCGCCCCCAGCCACUGCAGAGCACUUCAACCGUGCCCCCCCAGGACACCCCUACACCCGACACAGGGAGAGCGACCCCCCCACUCCGCCCCUCGGCGAGGCGGAGUUUGAGGAGAUCAUGCACCGGAACCGCGCCAUCUCCAGCAGCGCCAUCUCGAAGGCCGUGUCGUGGGCGAGCGGGGGGGACCUUGCUGGAGCCAUCGAGACGCUGCUCACCGCCAUCGCUGUCAUCAAGCAGUCGAGGGUCUCAAGCGACGAGCGCUGCAGAGUGCUGCUCUCUGCACUGAAGGACUGUCUGCACAGCAUUGAGGCCAAGUCGUACGGGUCCAGGAAGCGGCCCCGCUCCCACUCUCGCACUCACUCCUGGGACUCGGCCCGGCGGCAUCGCGAGCGUUCUCACAGCGGGGAGCGGCACGACGAGCAUCACCGCGAGGGAGAGCGGAGCCGCGAGGGAGAGAGGGACCGGCACCAUCGAGACCGGGACCGGCACCGUUAGAUUUCCAUCCAACACUCACUCCGACCCCUGACCCCCAUCCCCCAAUGUGAGCGAGAGAGAGCGAGUGAGAGAGAGAGAAAGCACGCACACACGCAGGUGCUGGUGGGGUAAGAAGAAUGUGGCUUGACAUCAUCAACCAGAACAGUGACACCCAGCAAAAUCAACUGUGAACAAACAUCGAGAGAGAGAGAGAGGGAGGGAGGGACGGAGCCCUGAACUGUGGAAGCCCACGGGAGUGCUUCGUUUGAAGACACUAAAGACUUCCAGAUUCAAGCGCUGCUCGAUGAUCAAGAUUUCUUUUUAGUGCUUGUGAAAGUCGUGCUUUAAUAAUUCUGGAUGAGACCCUCCCUCCCAAAAUACCCGAGGAGCCCCUGGAACAGAAAGCUUCUGCUCUUUAGGCCGUGUGGUUUAGUGUGGGUCGUUUAGUGUGUGGUUGAGGAGCAGGGAGGGGGGGCUGUCUCGUUUAGUGUGUGGUUGAGGAGCAGGGAGGGGGGGCUGUCUCGUUUAGUGUGUGGUUGAGGAGCAGGGAGGGGGGGCUGUCUCGUUUAGUGUGUGGUUGAGGAGCGGGGAGGGGGGGCUGUCUCGUUUAGUGUGUGGUUGAGGAGCGGGGAGGGGGGGCUGUCUCGUUUAGUGUGUGG